AUUCUCAUCAGUAAGCCAGUGCACCUGCCAGGUGCAUUCUAUCGCCGAAGGACGUCAACGUCACGACCUACAGAUAAUGCAUCGAGCCGCUUGCUAGUUGAACGCUCAGCCCAAUGGAACCUUCCAGCUCACCGAACGCAACUUCUCCACUGACUGCGUUUCUGAACGCGGAGGAGGCCUUGUUGAAGAGCGCCAUGGAAGACUAUCAUAUUACGCGUAUGAUGUCAGAUAUAUCUGGCAAGGCAGAUUUCUAUGGACGAAUCUUCUCUUCUACUGGAACCGAUAUUGGCCCAUGUUCAACCUCAUAUUCGACAAUAUUGUGCUUGCUACCGUUCAUAACUCAGACGCAAAGCUGCAGCAAUUGGAUGAACUUCUUGUCGUACGGUUCCAUACCGUAUGAAAUUUCGAUUUGCACUGUCUACAUCAUGCGCCUUUACGCUCUCUAUGGGUGUAAUAGGAAAAUUCUUGUUUUCCUUUGCAUCUUCUACGUAGGUGUCAUCUCAAGCGAGAGCACGAUUAUUGGUAUCAUUGCACACGACUCUGUAUUCGAACCGCUGCCAGGCCCUCUGCAAGAAAUCACAGGCUGUAUACCGAGUGGUAUCAAGCCGUGGGCGUGGACGUUUUGGUUGCCGAUGUUGACGUUCGAAACCCUGCUGUUAGUCCUCUCGCUCUUCAGAUCAAUGCAGUUGAUCUUCGAAGACAGACGGCCGGCCAUAAUCUAUGUUCUGCUGCGGGACUCGGUGAUCUACUUCGGAGGUGUCGUGCUUGCCAUUGUCACAAACGUGGUUGGGUGGAAAGUAGCCGGGAAUGGACUAUUCGCGGCAUUCUUCCCGGUAGCAAUAAUGGCAUUCUCCGUCCUGGCAUCAAGGCUACUGCUCAACAUGCAUGAUGCCGUCGAUCCUUCAAAUCGGUUCCUACAAGCCACGGCAUAUGGUACCCGGUCUACGACCACGAACGGUGACCUGCCUACUCAUGGCACAGCGUCCAUACAGUUUGGACGGAACAGCGCGGUCGACCCGGAGGGAAUGUCGGAGGCAGACGUUGAGCUCUCAAACCUCUGACUCGCAGAUGUCAUACUCUGUGCUUGCAAGUACUUGAAGAUGGGUUAUAUUAUGUUGUGAUUCAAAGGACUGACUUCCUGGCUAUGUGCGUUCUCGCUUGA